CACGUAUAUAUCUGUUUAAGGGAAACCGUACAAAGAAAACAGAGAAAAAGAAAAAGAAAAAGAAAUGAAGAUUCAAUGUGAUGUUUGUGAUAAAGAAGAGGCAGCAGUUUAUUGUUCAGCAGAUGAAGCUACUCUUUGUCAACGUUGUGAUUAUCAAGUUCACCAUGCUAACAAGCUUGCUAGCAAACACCUUCGUUUUUCUUUAAUUCAUCCUUCUUUCAAAGACUCUCCUCGUUGUGACAUCUGUCAGGAGAGACGAGCAUUACUCUUUUGCAAAGAAGAUAGAGCAAUUCUUUGCAAAGAAUGCGACUUACAUAUACACAAAGCAAAUGAACAUACCAAGAAACACAACAGGUUUCUUCUAACUGGAGUGCAGCUCUCUUCUGCUGUUGCAUCUUAUAACCAAACUUCAUCAUCUUCAUCCCCUACUGGAUCUGCUGCAAGUAAUGCUGAAAAUUACAAAUCUUGUACUAGUAGUUCUGGGAUAUUGAAGAGUAGUUCGACUGUAGAAUCAACACCUAAUUUUCAAGAGGGUUCAGUUUCAACUAGUAGUAUAUCGGAGUAUUUGAUUGAAACUCUUCCUGGUUGGCAUGUUGAAGAUUUUCUUGAGUAUCCAUGUUCUUUUCCCUAUGAGUUUUGAUCAGAUACGGCCUGCUGUUUAGUUUAUUUCCACUACAAAAAGUGGAGGUAGCUCAACAUCAAAUUCAGCCUCUAGAAUAUAGUGUGUUGAAAGCAAGCAGGAACACAAAUGGAGUUCUGUUCCUUAGAUCAACCCUCCAAUCUGCCAACUAAGAUUGACUUAGUAAUAUUAAAGGGCAUAAAUCUUUGGAGAUACAAGAAAACAUAGCGGUACAAGCAAUCUGACCUUUUCUUUUGGUUGCUAAUUUUGAUCAGUUGGUUUUUGGACAUGUUAUAAGCAAAAACCCAACUGUUUUUGCAAGUCAAAUCACUUCGACUUGUUAGAAUCUGUCAGUCAGACUUGGAAUGGGUUUUCAAACCAGAUCUGGGGCAAUCUUUUUUUUUUU